AUGUUUUGUUUUUUGUUUGGAUGGCGAAAGACAUCCAAGUGUAAGAGUGUAGUGAAACAGCUUCAAUGUCGUUUAAAGCUGCUCAAGAACAAGAAAUACGCUAUUUCAACACACUAUCGACACGACAUAGCUCAGUUGCUUCGCAUUGGUGAACGAGACCGUGCUCUUCAUAGGGCUCAACAGCUCUACCUUGAUGAGAAUCUCAUGUCUCUCUACCACUUGUUGCUUCACUUCUCCGGCAUAAUCCUCCUCAACCUCUCCUACAUUCGGAGACGUAAAGACCUUCCUGAUGGCAUCAACGAAGCCGUCUCAACACUUGUCUUUGCCUCUGCGAGAUGUGGAGACUUGCAUGAGCUACGAGCCUUGAGGAUUCUUUUUGGUGCGCGUUAUGGGCAACACUUUGUGGAUACGGCUCUUAAUCUUCUGCCUGGCAAUUGUGUCAACCCUCAGGUUAUAGAGAAACUCUCCAUGACCACAGUAUCGUAUGAUGCCAAGUCCAAACUGUUGGGUGAGAUAGCAGCGGAGCACGGCCUUCGUCUAGAAGUUUUGGCACUGCAAUACACUCCGGAAUUUCACAAACAGGUACUAAAAAGCGAGGAGGCAGAAGAAGAGAAAGAAGUCAUGGGUUCGGAUUCUUAUCAGCCAGAGUGUGCAUCACAAAAGGCUGAUAGCGAGGCAGACGUGUAUAAGUUCACUCUCACGGAUGGGGAUGUAAAUGAAAAGCAAGAAAAUAGUGGUGGUAAAGCACCAAGGGAUCAGAGAAAAGCAUGUGAUGAUGAGGAUUAUUUCAUAGAGGAAGAAGUGGUGGAAAAAGAUCAGAGCGUGUUCAGAUUCAAAGAGACUGACGAAGAAAGAAAAGAGAGAAGGAGGUCAAGGAGAAAAGCAAGAUCAUCAGCAUCAAGCAGUCCAAUAGCCAAAGACAUGGAGUGUUGGAGGUACUACUACAAGGGAAAGAGAAGUCGUCAAAGGAGAGCAUGUGGUCACUGUUACCAUAUAGUGUACAACGUGUUUACAAUGUUGCCGGAUCAAAAGGGUAAUGGAGGAGAUAGAGAAAUAAGUUUAAAGGAAGCUAAGCAUGUUCAUCCUAAGCUUCCAGACUAUGAUCAGAUUGUUGCUCACUUUACUGCUCUUAGGAAACAACAAAAACAUAUGCGUUCACCAUAA